AUGAACGACGACGCAGAAUUAAGAUCGUUUUUGGAGACAAUUAUUCUUAUUAUUAAUAUUGAUUGUCAGCAUACUUCAGUCCAAACUGAUUCUAACUUAAAUGUUGAUAUCGACAUAUUAUCAUGUAAUUCUUAUGCAGAACAAAGCACAAACGAAUUAACAACGAAGAUUGCAAAUCGUUUUAAGGAAUUUGUACCGAAAUUAAAUAUUAAAUUUCGUCAGUUUUUAUUGAAUUGUCUUCUUGAAUAUGGUUAUGAUACUGAGCAAUUCCAUUUCCGACAGAUUCUAACUGUUAAUCGUUUAGAGUUGUUUAAAAACGAUCUUCAAGCCACUCGAGAUGCGCUCGAUGCGUAUCGUGCAGCAUGGGACGGAAAUCAGCAAUUGGUUGAAAUCUUCCUUGAACAAUAUCCAACAUUCAAAGAUAAACCAGGACCAUGGGGUACAACACUUCUCUUUUCUGCUGCAAGAAACGGCCGAUUGGACAUAGUCAAAUACCUUCUUGGCAUAUGCCAUUGUUCUAUUGAUGCUCCAAAUCGUCAGCAUAUCCAACGAGCUCUUCAAAUGGAUAGCAUUACCGCGACAGAUUAUAAUGCUGAUCCAAGUGCAGGGUCAACUGCUUUACAUGGUGCAUGUUAUGGGGGACAUUUAGAUACCGUUCGAUAUCUGACUGAAAACGGUGCGAAUUGUUUUAGUCGAAAUCAAGCUGAAGAAACGCCUAUAAUGAAUGCUACUANCAAAUCUGCGGGGUCAACUGCUUUACACGGCGCAUGUUAUGGGGGACAUUUAGAUACCGUUCGAUAUCUGACUGAAAACGGUGCGAAUUGUUUUAGUCGAAAUCAAGCUGAAGAAACGCCUAUAAUGAAUGCUACUAAAUGGCCAGAUUUGGUAAAAUAUUUUCAAGAGUUUUUAAAUCUCGGUUAUAUCGAAGAGCAACAAGAUUUACCUGAAUAUCCGAUUCGAGAAAUGGAUCAAAAUCGAAAACAAGAUUGCGUUUGGGAAUUCUUGCCAUUCUGCUAUCCUGAGACUUGGUUUCCUUUUGAUAAACCCGAAAUGGAGCAAUUGAAUGAAUUAAUGCUAGUUAAAGAAAACAAACAAUUUCAAGUGGAAUAUCAAUGGAAUAUAUUCCAAACGAUCUCUAUGGUUAAAUUUCUUCAAUAUGGAAAUUAUCUUGCAUGGGUUCGCUGUCGUGGUUCAUCGAUUCUUAAUUUCAAUUGUUUUUCUCUAUGGCAAGUUUUCUAUCUUCAACAUCAAAACGGAAAAUAUGAUCAACAAAACCCCAUGUCUAUGAAAAUUUCACAUCUAUCGUUACUCGAUGAAGAUCAAUUAGAUAUCCAACUGAAUACUUGGUACAAUUGUGAUGCAAACAGCAACGAUCGACUUGAUGAUGCAAUGAAUAACCGAAGGAAGUACAUCGAAUUCUCACUCGUUGGUCAAUCUGUUCGAUUUGAUCUGAUGAGUUUUACAUUUAAGAACGAAGAUGGUACAAUCUCCGGUUUCAUAAGAUGGAUUCCGAAAUUAGUGUCGAAUAAUGAACAUCGAAUUGUUCCAAUUGAUAACUUUCAAACGUCAUCAAAUAUUAAUCCAAUGCCAUUAACCACAGAAUAUCAGAAGAAAGCAUUAAACUCAGUAUUCGCUUCGGAAGACGACGAUGAAACUCCAAUUGAACAUGAUAUCGUUCAACAUGAUCAGCAACCUGAAAAACCAACGUCUUUAGUUGAAGACGGAGGAGAUGACACCUCAGAAGAGCCGAAUCCUUGCGAUGGAGAAGUCGAAAUGAAUGUCGAUCAAUAUAUUGAUGAUAAUCAAGCUAAUGAAAAAGCCUCGGUGCAAUUGACCGAUGCAAAAACAUCCACGUCAGAAGAAGAGAUCGAAAAAUUACAUGCGAAAAUCAAUAAGUUGGAAACUCUUCGUACAGUCGAAUCAUUAGAUUUGCAAAUGCAAUGUCAUGCUUUAGAACAGGAGCAUGCAUUGAAACUAGAGGAAAAAGAAGAAACUGUGAGAGCUGCAUUAGCAAAGAUAGAUCAUUUAACAAAGGAAUUAGAACCCUUAAAAGAACAGCACGACUGUCUACAAAAAAUGAAAAAACAAAUCCAAAUCACCGAAUAUAAUCAAAUUCCUCGAGAAGUUAUGCAUGACUUUCUUUUACCGACGUUCGAGUAUUUCCUUGGUCAAUUGAGAGCUGCCACUCCGGGUAUAAAAGAAAAUGACAUUCACGGUAUUUUCACUGUAAAAUUUCAAGAAAUGGACAAUGGUUAUCAACUGACUAUCCAAGGUUUACCAGAACAUCAUGUUGCAUUUCAAGGUAUGUUCAAACGUGUGUUAACCUUGUUCAACUGUCAAACAUCGAGUAUCGAAUAUUACGAGCGACAUUCCAAUCGCAUAGUACGUUCGAUUAGUCAAACUUUACGAGACGUCAAUGUUCAAACGAAAAGCUGGAGACAGUAUAUUGCAAUCCUUAAACGUUUUAUGAAUACGAAGAUGCUGAAUUACAGAGCAAAUUUUAAUCAUUACAUUCGAGCAAAAGCGACGUCGUUAACCGAACGGACGAUUAGUAAUCAGUUCUUGUCACCAUCUGUUGAACUUCGACAAUUUACAAAUGGUUUCAUUGAUGAACAUCCAUUUCUGAGUGAAAUUGAAGAGUUAAAAUACAAAGCAAUGGAAGAAUUCAUUCAACAAAAUGUCACUUUGCAAUUUACUCAUCUUAACAAACGACCUCGAUCAUCAUCGAUUCAGACGUUGAACAUAUUUCUUGAUCGCAUCAAAAACCAAUUAAAAAGCAAACCCAACUUUAUUGGUUAUGAAGUUAAACAUUGGAAACUAAUUCCUGAUCUAUUAAAGCAAAUUUUAAUUUAUCACUCAUGUUUUCUGUUACAAUUACCAUUGUUUGAUGAAUCAAUAAAACUUUUAGACAUGAUCGAGACGCAUACAGUGACAGCGAUUGCGACCCCAACAGGAUCUGGCAAAUCGACAUUGUUACCUGCUUUACUCAUUGCUGAAGGCUACGAUAGAAUACUGGUAACUCAACCUCGUCGAUAUCCAUGCACAGCUGUUUCAAAUCGAGUCAAUGAAACUAUCCGAACUGAUAUAGAUGGUACAUCGGAACAACUGGCCGGAUGGGUUAUUAGUGGGGAUGGUGAUCGUCCUGAUGCUCCGAUUGUUUAUGUCACGGAUGGCCUUCUACGAGAAAGUCUUCUGAAUAAUCCAAAUUUCAUACCUCUUUAUACUGAAAUGAAAAAGGCGAUGGUGUUUUUUAUUGAUGAAGUUCAUGAACGGUCGAUUAAUAUCGAUUUAUGUUUAGCUCUCUUAGCUCGGUUGUUAACAGUUCGACCAGAACUAAAAACAAGGAUCAAAUUGAUUAUUUCUUCUGCAACACUAAAUUCAUCUGUACCAAGAUUAUAUCAACAGUUGGGAUUAGGAGAAUUUCAACUACCACAAAUCGGUCUAUUACACGACGUGAAAAGAAUCUGUCGACCUAAAGAAAAUAUUUUAGAUAUCGUUCAAGAAUUAUUCAAAAAGCGCCGACGACAUGAUCAAAUUUUAUGUUUUGUUAAUUCAACGACUGAAGUUCAUCAAUGUUGCCGUUUAUUAGAACAAUUAACCCAAGGCACCAUCAAAGGAUAUCCAUUAAUCCAAUCCCAAUCGGCUGCAGUACAGCAAGCAUAUAUCGAGCAUGGCAGUGUCUUCUUUUCUACAACAGUAGCUGAAACUUCAUUGACUUUUCCAUCGUUAAAAUAUGUUGUUGACACUGGAAUGAUUAACAUACCAAUUUAUGAUCCGAAGAUGAAGCGAACUGUUUUGAAACAAGUUCGAGCUGCUGAAUCAACGAUCAAACAACGACUGGGCCGGUUGGGACGAACUCAAAAUGGGGAGUAUUAUGCUCUAUAUGACUUUCAAGUUGAAGCACAACCUUUUCCAAUUCCACAAAUUUGCCAAUUAGAUUUAACAAAUAUCGAUUUUAUUCUCAGACGCUCGACCAUCGGACGCGGCUUGCACUACAUGCAGCAGUAUUUUCCUGAUAAACCAGAUACCAACGCUCUCGACGCCAUUGUAGAAGAACUCGUUCGACUCGAUGUGUUAGAAAGGACGCUGACAGGCGAACGAUUUACUCCGCAUGGUCGAGCUCUGGCCCAAUUACCUGACUUCAAUUCCAUAGCGAUGUCCAAAUCGGUUUUAGCAGCUCUCACGCAAUACGAUUGUGGGCGUGAUUUGAUUUGUCUUUCGUCGAUUUUAGGCUGCUUGAAUACAGCAUCAAUAUUGAAAGAUAUUCCGCCAGCGAUGAAAAGUCCUGAUGGUGACUUUAUGACUCUGUUAAAUGUUAUGAAUGGAAUUCUCUUGGUGAAGCAAUCGAGCACGGGACAAAAGAUCGAUUUGGAUUUAAUUUGUCAACAAAAGCAAUUGGACAAAAUUCGACAUAUUCUCAAGCAAGCUCUGAGAAGAUAUGAGAAUUUAGAAAAACUCUUCAACAAGUCACAACAAUUUCGUCAACAGUCACAGAUCCGAUCAGGAAAUUGGAGAUCGAUCGCCAAAGCUUUGCUAGAAGGCUAUGGAGAUAAUGUUUUUGUUUCAAUGAAGGAAAUUCAAGAACGAACGCAUCAAUUUGGUCGAUAUCGAGACACAAAUGACAUCGCUAUACUUGAUUUAAAAUCAACAUUGACGCAACCGAUUACUCAUGUACCUGUACGUUUAGUUUUAUCACGAGAUGUGCUAUAUACUUCGGCUGCUCGUUCAACGUCGAUUAUUUCUUUUGUGGGUGAACUUAAACCAUCGUGGAUUGAACAACAAUUAGAACGGCAUUUUCUUUUGACGACCGACGAAAAAAAUCACUUAGAAAAUGGAAAUGCUCUUACAAAAAUUCGGUCGGUUGUUACAACGAUUGCUAAUUGGAUACAAAACAAACCUGCGUAUGUUUUGAAAAAUCGAGUUGGAAUUGUUUUCAACGACGAAAUUCAAUUACGCUCAGAGUUAAUCAUUACUAGAACCUUUCAAUUAGAAAAUCGCUGUGGACAAGGAACUACUGAGUAUGAGAAUUUGGCACGCAAUCUUCAAAGCGUGACGAAAAUGAUUUACAUUUUUCAACCGAUACAAUGGAGAUGGGAAGCUGAGAAACAAAUGAAAAUCACCGUCGAUAAUAAUCCCGCGGCAAAAACGUGUGACAUCACAGUUGAAGGACGACUUUCUGAACAAGAGAAUGUGAAAAAAGAAUUCGAUCGGUUUGGAGAUUGGUUGAAGCGAUGUGUAGUUAUUCGACAUCCGAAUUCCGGUGUUCUUCCACGUCUACUUCAACCAAAAGUACGUAGUAAAUAUCCUCACAUUGAGAAAAAUAUCGCCUGCAUUGCGGAUCCAAAUCGAACACUUGUUGAGCUUUAUAAAGCAGUCAAAAGGAAAACGGCUACGCGUGAAUCACGUAUGGAAGUUGUAGCAUGGAUCGCCGUCUGUCAAUUUCAUUGUAAGUUAGAAGGUGGUUUUGUUCGCGAUUGGGUCGUUGGAAAUAAAGCAUUUGUACCAAUAAAUUUACAGAAUGAUCCAAAGGCAUGGAUUGAAUAUCGACCUGGUGAAGAAGGACAAGAUAUUCCUGGUAUUAAAAAAGAGAUUGUCCCAUCUGAUUUAGAUUGUCACUUACCUUUAAACAAAUACUUUGAUAUGGAGAAAUUUCAAGAUCGUUUACACAAAUUUGAUAUUAUUUGCAAAGUAUUUCGGCAGAAAUGGAGGUAUAUUGUGUUAAUCGACGAAGACGUUCCAACUGGACCAUUCACAAUGGAUCUUAUUGAGCCUCAUGUAGCAUUAACUCAUGAUCGUAUUGAUCUUGACGUUAGCAAUCUUUCAAUAGAGAGAAAUUAUCCACGCGAACUCGGAAUGCGUAUUAAUGUCACUCAAUCGCCGUAUUCAAUUGAUUUAGAGUCAAUCGUCGAAAAUGUUAUGGAAAGGCGCUUUCGAGUUCUUCGCCCAAUCGAUCGAAUUGUUAAAGAUCGCAUCGAGAAAAUGGUUCAACGCGGUUGGAAACAGUACGGUGACCCAAUUAAUGUCAAUCCAUCGCCACCACCGCAUUGCUACUCAGUUCUCAUACCACUUCCAGGCAGAUCACCAUUGUAUCAAUCAUUAGAAAAUGAAAUGAAGAAGAUCAGUCCACUUGUUCGCAUUAUAUCGAUUGAAGAAGUUAAAAAUCCACUUCUUGAAGAUACAUACGUAGCAAUUAAAAAAAUGAUUGCGAAGGAAUGCCAAGGAGCAAACCCGAACGAACAGAAAUUGUUUCAUGGAACGAAAGUCAAUGGAAUGAAAGGUAUUUUAGAGAACGGUUUUGAUGAUCGAUUUUUUAGUUCGACAGGAGCAUGGGGUGCUGGGGCUUAUUUUGCAGAUGAUCCACGGAAAUCGCAUAAUUAUACUGAGCCCGAAGGCAGCGAUCAGACUCGUGUGAUGUUUUAUAACAAAGUUACAUUAGGCAAAGAAUCAAUAGAGGCAAAAACGAAAAAUGACUUGGUUGCAGCACCAAAAGGUUGUCAUUCGGUACGAGGAACCGAAUUUAAAUAUACGGAAUAUAUCAUUUAUCGUUUCGGUCAAGCAUUGCCGUACCUGAGAAUUAUUUACAAAGCUUAA